AAAAAGGAUUAGCCGUCACUACCAUAAUAAUUAUUUUACAACAAUUUAAGAAGGAACGGAACAAACAGAAAAACCGCAAAAAUGUUGCCAACGAAUGUGAUGUCGUUCAUGAAAAAGAUGGUUGCGACAGAUGAAACGCCACACCAACAAAGCACGCCCGAAAAUACUGGAACAUUCGGCAAACUUAAACAAACAUUGUCAUCGUCUCUGUUAACGGCACAGGAUAAAGUUACGAACAAAAUGUCGCCUCGCCCAUCGAUAGUUCCCGAAUCGGAUGCCUCGAGUUCGCCCCAAAGUCAGAUUAGUUCGGCGACGGCGACAACAACCACGGGCGAGAACAACAAUCAGCAGCAAAAUAGCAAUUUGGCGAAUCAGCAACAGAAGCAGAAUCAACAGAAUAACAAUCAAACGAGUGGCGGGAAGCGAACAGGGUCGUGCAGGGUCUGCAUAAAGUCCUUCAAGCCAAAUGAAUUUAGCAAAACGUGUUUUGAGUGUCAGCAACGCGUUUGUGAGGAUUGUGCGAGUUACAGUAAACUUGAUCCGGAUGAAGAUGCGACAAAAUGGCGCUGUAGCGUUUGCCGCAGAAAAAUGGCAUCUCGCGUUUGCAUCCCGCAAGACUCGACAGACUCCAUGCUCGAUGUGCCUGUGCUGGAGGCGUUACAACGAAGGCAUUCCGACGCGAAACUCGGCUCCACAAACACUUUAGGACCAACGAUGGAUGGUUUGGGUCUCGCGCCGCCUCGCAGUCCCGAGCUACGACGACAUUCGGAUGUCUCGCCCGCGUCAUUGAAGGAAUUGGAGAAGCUCAAAGGCGCACGAACGCCAACGGGAGACUUGGAUUUGCGACGCGGUCGAAGCGCUGCCCCAAGUCGCUCGAAUUCGCCGCCGCGACGAGGCGAACUGGAAGCUGCAUCACGAAUGGCGUCACGGAGAGCGUCUCGUGUGUCGCGCCAACACUCGUACGACGACGAUAUUGCCACAACUGUGAAUAAUGUGCCACAAAAUGACUUAGGUUUAGGGUUGCCAGCUCCGAUGCCAAGGCGAAAAUCCGCGUAUGACGUUUACGCACCGCAACUUGUCGGACAACUGCAACAGUCACUUGGGCAACAAAACGCAUUAGCGCCCACGGGAGGACAACCAGGCUCGCGUCGUCCCUCAUAUCGCAUUCCCACAGACGACAAUCAGCAAGAUGACUCGCUCAACAGUCCCGAAAAUGUCGUGGCGCCGCCUUCGUCGCUCGGCGUUGACGAAGAUCGACCAAUGCGACGUCGUGGUUCGCAACUACCCGAUAUCGCUGCAUUACGUGAUCGAGGCGCCUUGCCAGCUCCAACGUCGAUUCCCAUCAACCCCACGCCGUAUCAAGCGCCCGCUUUGGAAGAUCUCGAAGCACCGCGACGUCAAACCUCGCUCGAUGGCGAAGCGAUUAAAAUUGUCAUUCACGACGUCGAUUCGGGACCAAUGGUGGCAUCGAAGCGACGUGUUGUCCUGCGCAAAGAUCCCGGCGACAAAGCACACCGAACUCGUGGUUUCGGGAUGCGCGUCGUGGGCGGCAAGACAGGAGCAGAUGGUCGACUUUUCGCAUAUAUCGUGUGGACAGUUCCUGGCGGUCCUGCGGAAAAAGCAGGAUUGCAACAAGGUGAUAAGGUCCUUGAAUGGGAUGGCACAUCUCUAAUCGAUCGCUCCUUCGAAGAAGUUUGUUCCAUAAUGGAUCGCACAGGCGAAGUCGCUGAACUCUUAGUUGAACAUUCAACGGAUUUACGAAUGUGCGAUUUGCUGGAAGAUGGCAUGCCCGGCAGUGGUUCGGGAACGGGAGGCGGAGGAUCAGCAGCUGGCGCUGGAGGACCAAGAAAAUCGGGAGAUGGCGCUAUUGGUUUGGGACUCGUUGCAGACCCGGAUCCAACGGAUAAACAACCCUCGUCUCCUACGCGACGAAAAUUACCAAAAACUCCGGAACAGAUAAUGCGUGAGAAACAGGUGUCAGGACGUGUACAAGUUCAGGUGUGGUAUCAUGGAGAAAGGAACGAAUUGGUUGUGAGUUUGAUGGCUGCUGAUGAUUUGGCGCCGCGGGAUGAUAUGUUGGGUUAUGGACCGUAUCCAGAGGCAUAUGCGAAGAUAAGGAUUUUGCCGAGAGUGGGUGAUGGUUCUCCAAUCCAAACAGAAGUAUCUCCGCCAACGCAAAGUCCCAUCUGGAAUGCAACUCUAACAUUCACGGGCGUCAGCGAAGACAAUCUCAUGGAUCGCUUUGUCGAAAUCCAACUUUGGGACUUUUUACCGCAAAUGGAGCACGUCUUUCUCGGCGAAGCGAAUGUCGACAUCUCCAAGGCUUUCCUCUCGGACAACGCUUCAUGGUAUCGUCUCGAGGAUCCCAAAGGUCUCCGCGGCGCCUGCAUGGCAAAAAGCGCUAAUGCCAGCCCACGUGGUUCUCUCGCAAAUGCCGACGUUGGUCGCUUAAUUCGUCGCUCCGACUUUGGAAUCCAACGUUCAAUUUCUGACGACGUUGAUUCCAUUGGCGACGCCACAUCUUUGCUGCAUCCCGACACUGCGUGGUUUGGCGGUUCACGUCGCGGCUCUUCGCAAUCCGAGCAACUCGAAGUCGAAGUUUACCAACUGAACAAGGACUUUUCCCGAUCACUUCCGGGUUCGCGACGUUCCUCCUUCCAAAAUGCGGAAGAUGGCGCUCGAAGCGGCGAAGCAACGCCCCCUGUUAGUUACGUGCCAAGUCGAAGACGCAGCUCGAUUGCCAUCCGGAACAAGGAUCCCGAUGAAAUUUUGCGUUCUUUGAAACGAGAGCUGGGACGAACGAUGAGUUUGGAGAAACCCGAGAAGAAAUUGACGUCACGAAGAGCGAGUCAAAUUCGGAAGGAAAGCGUUUCAAACAUUCCCGAGUUGCCGUUGAACCAAAAUCUCUCGCAUUCCACGAACGUAAUUUCGACUUCAGCAGCGUCGCAGGAUCACGACGAGAUGCGUUACGUCUCGAAUCAGUCGGGCAACAAGCGAAUGCAUCUCGGCAGCAGUAAUCCGAACAUCAAUCACACGUCAGUCAAUCAAGAAUCGACGCCCAUCGCCUCAAACACGAGUAAAACGCCGACUCUUGGCAGGAAAUACAGCAAAAGGCACAGUACUGUUGCUUCAAUGAUGAGUGGUUUCUCGGGCGGCGGCGGCUCAACAUCAAUUUCGCCAAUUGUCGUUGCGACAACCACAAGUAACAGCACGACAAUCCCCAUAAAUGAGAAACAGGUGAAAUUGGGACCGGGUCAGGUGCAGCCAAAGGGAUAUCGGUUGUCGUCGAUGCGAUAUGGCGAGCUAAAACUCGGUUUCAUCAUGAAUAAGGGGAUGUUUGAAGUUGAAGUCAUUCAAGCGAGAAAUAUUGUGCCGCCAACAUCAGAUCCGCCAGAUACUUACGUGAAAUGUUAUGUGAAAGACGGCGAGAGGCUGAGACACAAGAAGAAAACUCGAGUUGUGAGGAAUUCGUAUGAGCCGAUCUAUAAACAGACGUUGAAAUAUUCCGGCGCCGACAUCUUUGGUCGUUCCAUCGUCAUCAUGGUAUGGCAACGCGGCACAGGUUUCGAACACAAUCAAGGACUUGGCGGCGCCGAAAUGUACUUCGACACGAUCAAAUUGCAAACCUACACGGGCGGUUGGUAUCCCCUCUUUCCCAUGCACUCGUUGGGCUCCGACUCAAAUGACUCUCCAUGACCACUGGAUAACGCUACUCGCUUAAUGCUGAUUUUAUCGCCAAGCAGCACGUUCGCGAUGAUGAUGAUGAUGUUGAUGACGAUCUUAAUGGUAGUGAAGCACAAAAUUACUCCCACACACAUCACACGGUUACCAAUUAACAAUCAAGCACAAUAAUUUUACUAGAGAUUAAGCUUCGUUGGAAAAAAUAAUUACAUGAAAGGCACUAAUAACCCUUUUCCGUCGUCGUAGAUUGUAGUUGAACAAAAAAAAUAUCAGUAGUGAUCUUUGAUGAAGAAA